GCGGGGAUAUAACGGAGCCCCUGGACCAGUGUCUAACCUCCGCGACCACAGCGCCAUGGCCUUCCUCUGGCUCCUCUCCUGCUGCGCCCUCCUGGGCACUGCCCUCAGCUGCGGCGUCCCCGCCAUCCAGCCCGUGCUGAGCGGCCUGUCCAGGAUCGUCAAUGGUGAGGACGCCAUCCCCGGCUCCUGGCCCUGGCAGGUGUCCCUGCAGGACAAGACCGGCUUCCACUUCUGCGGGGGCUCCCUCAUCAGCGAGGACUGGGUGGUCACCGCCGCCCACUGCGGGGUCAAGACAACUGACGUGGUGGUGGCCGGGGAGUUCGACCAGGGCUGCGGGGCGUGGGGAGACACUACGACGCCCCCACCCCGCCCCCUGCUGGAGAAGGGCAGCCCUGCAGAGCUCAGGAUCCUUAUUGUGGGCGCCCAAGGACUGGUUCUCCUGGGGGGCCGCAGGGAAAAGCCUGUCCCAGGAUCCUCCCAGGCCUCAGCUCCGUAUCUGGGUCACCUGCAGGUUUUCAAGAACCCCAAGUUCAACAUUUUCACGGUGCGCAACGACAUCACCCUGCUGAAGCUGGCCACGCCCGCCCAGUUCUCGCAGACCGUGUCCCCCGUGUGCCUGCCCAGCGCCCAGGACGACUUCCCCGCGGGCUCGCUGUGCGCCACCACGGGCUGGGGCAAGACCAAGUACAACGGUGUGUGCCGGGCGGGCUGCGCGGCGGCCGUGACCGGCGGGUUUUGGUCUGAAUCAGCCAAGGCGGAGACCUCCACGCCCUUGGUUCGGAAUCCUCCGAGCAAACUGGGGACGCGAGUGGCUUCUGGGUUGCCAGCUCAAGUCCCUCCCCUCUCCCCGCAGGGCGACUCCGGCGGCCCCCUGGUCUGCCAGAAGGAUGGAGCCUGGACCCUGGUGGGCAUUGUGUCCUGGGGCAGUGGCACCUGCGCCACCUCCAGCCCCGGCGUGUACGCGCGUGUCACUGAGCUCAUGCCCUGGGUGCAGGAGAUCCUGGCCGCCAACUGAGCCCGGCCCACCCCAGCCUCCUCUGAUGCUGCUACCCACAAAGCCCCAAUAAAGCUGCGGGACACACGC